UUCAAAAAAAUCUUAAACUUCUAAUAAAUCUUCUUUCUUCUAUAAAAUGGAUUGGACCAGAGGCCAUACUGUAGGCCACGGCUCCUCCGCCACGGUAUCCGUUGCCAAGUCACGUUGGUCCGAUGAUGUUUUCGCUGUGAAGUCAGUAGAGCUAUCUCAGUCGCAAUUCUUACAAAAGGAGCAGAAAAUUCUGUCCCAAUUAUGGUCCCCCUGUAUAGUUACCUACAAGGGGUACGAUGUUACAAAAGAGAACGACAAAUUCAUGUUUAACCUUAUGAUGGAGUACAUGUGUGACGGCACACUUACAGAUGAAAUUCAGAAACAGGGUGGUCGGAUCAACGAGCAGUUGAUUGGGUAUUACACGAAGCAAAUUCUACAAGGACUAGAAUAUAUACAUUCAAAGGGCAUAGCACACUGUGACAUUAAGGGACAGAACAUUUUGUUAGGUAAAACCGGUGCCAAAAUUGCCGACUUUGGUUGUGCUAAGUGGAUUGAUCCGGCUGAGAGGGACGGUGGCGCAGAGCCAAUUGGUGGAACGCCGAUGUACAUGGCACCAGAGGUGGCGCGUGGGGAAGAACAAGGGUGUCCUGCUGAUAUUUGGGCAUUGGGAUGUACUAUUAUUGAAAUGGCCGCUGGUGGAUCACCAUGGACUAAUGUGACCAACCCAGCUUCAUUGCUUCACAGAAUUGCAUUUUCAGGGCAAUCCCCUGAAAUUCCAAAGUUACUGUCUUUACAAGCAAAAGAUUUCUUAAGCAAAUGCUUGAGAAGAGAUUCAAGAGAAAGAUGGACGGUGAAAGAGCUCUUCAAACAUCCAUUUCUUGAGGAAUCCAAUUUGAAUACUAUGGCAAAUCAAGAUUUUGUGACAAGCUCCCCGACAAGUAUUCUUGAUCAAGAUAUUUGGAGCUCAGUCGAGGAAUCAGAAACCAUGGAUUGUUCAAUACAAAGAGUUAGCUCGAUAGAAUCUCCUCUGCAAAGGGUAAGAGAAUUGGGUUUGAAUUCAGGAGAAUUGAAUUGGAGAUGGGAUGAUGAACAGAGAUGGAUAACAGUUAGAAGAAGAAAUGAUUAAGUUACGGAACAAUGACUCUUGCUGUAAAUUUUGUACUAUACAACAGUGUACAGAUCCAUUAACCAAUUAAAUUUUUCUAUUUUCUCUUUC